GGAGAGGAAGAGAAGUAGAGAAGCAUUUCUGAAGAUCACAAUGCACUUCCUGAGGAGAAUGAAGCAGGAGAGGCUCGCUGACUGUUUGCAGUGCAAAUCUCCUUCCAUGUGCCAACAGAAUCUCAAAUGUACUCUGAAAAAGAAGUUCCAGUGUGUGUUUGAGGGGAUCGCUAAAGCAGGAAAUCCAACCCUUUUGAAUCAGAUCUACACAGAGCUCUACAUCACAGAGGGAGGGACUGCAGAGGUCAAUGAUGAACAUGAGAUCAGACAGAUUGAAAAAAAUUCCAGAAAACCAGACAGACCAGAAGCAACAAUUAGACAAGAAGAUAUUUUUAAAGGCUUGUCUGGAAAAGAGGAACCAAAAAUAGUGCUGACAAAAGGAGUGGCUGGCAUUGGGAAAACAGUGUUAACACAGAAGUUCAUUCUGGACUGGGCUGAAGGCAAAGCCAACCAGGACAUCCAGUUCAUAUUUCCAUUCACUUUCAGAGAGCUGAAUGUGCUGAAAGAGGAAAAGUUCAGCUUGGUGAAACUUGUUCAUCACUUCUUUACUGAAACCAAAGAAGCAGGAAUCUGCAGCUUUGAAGACUUCCAGGUUGUGUUCAUCUUUGAUGGUCUGGAUGAGUGCCGACUUCCUCUGGACUUUCACAAUGCAGACAUCCUAACUGACCCUAGAAAGUCCACCUCAGUGGAAUUGCUGCUGACAAACCUUAUAAGAGGGAAACUGCUUCCUUCUGUUCACCUCUGGAUAACCACACGACCUGCAGCAGCCAAUCAGAUUCCUUCUGACUGUGUUAACAUUCUGACAGAGGUCAGAGGGUUCACUGACCAACAGAAGGAACAAUACUUCAAGAAGAGGUUCCCAGAUGACAAGCUAGCUGAUAAAGUUCUCUCACAUAUGAAGACAUCACGAAGUAUUCACAUCAUGUGCCACAUCCCAGUCUUCUGCUGGAUCACUGCUACAGUUCUGGAGGAUGUGCUAAAAACCAGAGGGGGAGGACAGCUUCCCAAGAACUUGACUGAGAUGUACAUUCACUUCCUGGUGGUUCAGACAAAACUGAGCAACAUUAAGUAUAAUCAUUAUAGUAAAUCUGAACCAGAUAAACACUGGAGUCCAGAGAGCAGGAAGAUGAUUGAGUCUCUGGGAAAACUGGCUUUUAAUGAGCUGCAGAAAGGAAACCUGAUCUUCUAUGAAUCAGACCUGACAGAGUGUGGCAUCGAUAUUAAAGAAGCCUCAGUGUACUCAGGAGUGUUCACACAGAUCUUUAAAGAGGAGAGAGGACUGUACCAGGACAAGGUGUUCUGCUUCAUCCAUCUGAGUGUUCAGGAGUUUCUGGCUGCUCUUCAUGUCCAUCUGACCUUUAUUAAGUCUGCUAUCAAUCUGCUGGAAGAACAAGAAAUCUCCCAGAUGUGUGAAACAAGAGAAUUUGCAGAGACACAAUUCUUUGUGAGUGCUGUGGACAAGACUUUAAAGAGUCCAAAUGGGCACCUGGACUUGUUUCUUCGAUUCCUUUUCGGUCUGUCACUGCAGAGCAAUCAGAUUCUCCUUCGAGGUCUGCUGACACAACCAGGAAGUGGCUCACAGACCAAAGAGGAAACUGUCCAGUACAUCAAGAUGAAGAUCGAGGAAAUCCCUUGUCCAGAGAAAAGCAUCAACCUGUUCCACUGUCUGAAUGAACUGAAUGAUCGUUCUCUAGUGGAAGAGAUCCAAAAGUCCCUGAGAUCAGGAAGUCUAUCUACAGAUAAACUGUCUCCUGCUCAGUGGUCAGCUCUGGUCUUCAUCUUACUGUCAUCAGAAGAAGAUCUAGAUGUGUUUGACCUGAAGAAAUACUCUGCUUCUGAGGUUGCACUUCUGAGGCUGCUACCAGUGGUCAAGGCCUCUAAGAAAGCUCUACUGAAUGGCUGUAACCUUACAGAGCGAAGUUGUGACGCUCUGUCCACAAUUCUCAGCUCUCCAUCCUGUAGACUCAGAGAACUGGACUUGAGUAACAACGACCUGCAGGACGAAGGAGUGAAGGCACUGUCCAGAAGUCUGGAAAGUCCAUAUUGCACCCUGGAAACUCUUGGGUUGACAGGCUGCAUGAUCACGCAUGAAGGGUGUAUUGCUCUGGCCUCAGCUCUGAACUCCAACCCCUCCUCCCAUCUGAGAGAGGUCGACCUGUCCUACAAUCACCCUGGAGACACAGGAGUGAAACUUCUGGCUGCUGAGUUGAAUGAUCCACACUGGAGAAUAGAAAAUCUCAGAGCUGACCCAGUUGGAAUCGAGUGGUUAAAAUCAAGUCUGAGGAAGUAUUUCUGUGAAUUCAUGCUGGACCAAAACACAGCUCACAAAUUCCUCAAAUUAUCCGAAAGCAACAAAAAAGUGACAGACCUGAGAAAGGAGCACCCGUAUCCUGACCACCCAGAGAGAUUUGAUUACUGGCCUCAGGUGCUGUGUGAAAAUGGUGUGACUGGUCGCUGUUACUGGGAGGUCGAGUGGGUUGGAAAGGUUUAUAUUGCAGUAAGCUACAGAGGGAUUGGAAGGAAUGGAGACAGUGAUGCCUCAAAAUUUGGAGGCAAUGAGCAGUCCUGGUGUCUGACCUGCACUGAUGGAGGGUAUAGCGCCUGGCACAACAACAGCGGGACUCCCAUUACAGUAACGUCAUUAUCUGAUGUCUCUAACAGAGUAGCAGUGUAUGUGGACUGUCCUGCUGGCACUCUGUCCUUCUACAGAGUCUCCUCUGACACUCUGAUCCACCUCCACACCUUCAACACCACUUUCACUGAAACUCUUUAUCCUGGGUUUGGUUAUGGGGUGAAGUUGAACUCAUCAGCCUUUCUGUGCACGCUGUAGACCAGAAGCAUGGACAGAAAUCUCACUGGUUCCAUUAAUACAGUUUAACCUUAAAACUGAUGAAGAUUGUGAAAUAUGAUUUUGGAAUGAAAACUGACAGAACCAAGUUUGAACAAAAACCCAGGGUGAGAUGAGUGUCACUGAACUUUUCAUUUCAAUUUUAUUUAUAUAGCACCAAAUCACAACAACAGCUGCCUAUAAUUUAUAUUUAUAUUGUAAUGUAAAGACCCUAUAAUAAUAAGGGUCUUUUAGACUUUAAAAUCUUGGAAAAGGUCAACUUU